ACUCGAGAAAGAGAGAGAGGGCAAGAAGAGAGGGAGGGAGUGGAACAGCUUAAGCGAUGCGUUUUUUCCUCCUUGAGGUGAACAGUGAAGUUAAUCUGAAGAAAUUACAACCCUGACGUUAGUUAUCGCAGCAACAGUGAAGAGAGACCUGAAUAGCUAGUGGACCAGCAUCUGUGCAACUCUCUUGGCGUGGGUUCAGCUCAGUGGCGCCGAUGUUUCCAGUGAAACAGCCGUGGUUGUGUAAAGCGCUAGGUUGCUAUGACUGCUGCAUCCGCUGCCUGGGCGCCGUGCCCUACGCCAGCCUCCUGGCCACCCUGCUCUGCUAUAUUGGAGUGGCUCUCUUCUGUGGUGGAGGGCACGAGGCGCUCUCUGGCACCCGUACAUUGGUAGAGCUCCACUUUGCAAGGGACAUCCAGGAUUUCACAGUGCUGGCUGAUUUUAUAAAAUAUUUUCAAUAUGUGAUCUACGGUCUGGCCUCCUUCUUUUUCCUGUAUGGAUUGUUGCUGUUGGCUGAAGGUUUCUACACAACAAGUGCAGUAAAACAAACUUUUGGAGAGUUUAGAAGCACCCGUUUUGGCCGCUGUCUCAGCCUGACAUUUAUAAUCCUGACAUGCGUGCUUGCCGUGAUCUGGUUGGUUGUUUUUGGUUUUACGGCCAUUCCUGUGUUCUUCUUCUUUAACACGGCGAGUUCCUGUCACAAGAUCAACAUUCUGGCUGAAACCACAGUCUUUCAGCAUGCAAGGGUCUGCAUGGAUGCACGAAUGUACGGGUUCCUUCCCUUGAAUGCUUCGCCAGGGACCGUUUGUGGAACUACACUAGCUAACAUUUGCAAAGCACAAGAGUUCUAUAUGACCUACGACCUUUACAUCGUUGCAUUUGUUGGAGCUGGAAUCACUCUUCUUGCUCUGUUCCUCUACGUGGUUGCCACCACCUACAACUACGCCGUUCUAAGGUUUCUUGGAAGGAAGGGGAUCCGUUGCUAGGUUUACCGUUGCUAGACCCUCUUUCCUGGUGCCUUUUCAAGCGACUCCAUUUGUAUCGUCAUGGUGGCUUGUGAGGAAACCCAAAAGAGCUCCAUGAUACCCCUGCAGAGUUCUAUCAUACAGAGCACACACACACCCCAUUGGUAUUUUUGGGGGACAAGAAGAACAAACUACACAGCAAAAAAUAGAAUGAACUACAAAAAUAACAAUUCAUUUAUGCGCUAUGGUUAACAUCUCAAACUACUGUACUGUAGAUCUCUGGAGGAGUGGAAUCUAGCUUCUGUAUUUGAAUAACUUUCUUUGGAACUGUUCACACAGAAAGCAUUCUUACGUUUAAAUACAACUAAAAGCCUUAGUUGACACAAAAAUAAAUAUUUUCUGUUAAUUUACUCACCCUCAGGCCAUCCAAGAUGUAGGUGACCUUUUUCCUUGAGUACAACAAUAACGUUUUUAGCUGAAACUGUGGCAUCUCACAAAAGGUCAAAAAAGUAGAUACAAGUAACAAAAAUGACUUUUUUAGGCAUUUGGUAGAUGCUUUAAUCCAAAACUACAUUUAUCAGUAUGUUUGUUCCUGGGAUUGAACCCAUGACCUUUCCAAUGCUCUACCAAUUGAGCUACAUGAAUGCAAAAAUAAAUUAAUUAAUGUAAUACCAGAGGCUCCUGACAAUAUGUGGCAGUCGAAACAUUAUUUAAAACAUUGUAAUGUGUAAUCCAUUACUAAACGCAAACGGUCAAAAAAAUCAUCUAUAUCUUGGAUGGCCUGAGGGUGAAAAAAAUUAGCAGCAAAUUUUUAUUUUUGAGUGAACUAUCCCUUUACUACGAAACAAAAAAGAAAUAAAUACAAGUUUGAAAGCUCAUUUUAAACAUUAAACACGGCGUCAUAUAAAAAAUAGGCACUUAAAUCACGAGACAUAAGAAUGCGUUCAGUGUGAACAGCCAUUUAGACUUUCUCAUGGCCACAUGUUCGUUUUAAUGAUUGUAAUCAUUUAGCUUUAUGAUCAUAUUAAUGCCUUGCAGUUUUAUCAGGAAUUUAUUUCUCCCUCCCUCUUUCUUACUAUCCAUCUUUUAGCUAUUAAAGAGAUGGAAAGGAGAUAAGAGAGACUUUUAGUGUGACAUUGGACAUACACAUACAACACUGUAAAGCGCAGUGAUUUGCUUUGUCAGUCUGGCUUCAGUAUUUUAGAGUAUCUGAUGUUUGUGUAAUAUCAAACCUUGUCCAGUGUAUGUGCGUGUGUGAUUUUAUUUGUGUUUGUAUGGUAUGUGAGUGUGUGGUUGUUUAUUUUAUAACCAACUGGCAAUAAACUGAACCCGAUCAAUGAUGGUGCUCGAUCAAAGGAAACUAAUCCUAUUUUUAUUGUUCUGGCUGAUUUUAGGACACUAAAAAUGAUUUGAAGAUGUUAAUCUAAUGGAGAAAGUUAAAUGGUUAUUAAAUAAUUCUAACUGAAUUGAGUUGACAUAAAAUUGUGUGUUGGCUUCAGUAAAACUCAGUAAUAAACAUUAGUUUUCUUUAAUGAAA